AUGUCGAGCCUUUCGGACCAAGUCUACAAUCUCUUCGCGAGCGUUACUGGUAGAGAGAAAAUUGGCUUUCUUGACACAUCUGCCACCUCGUUAUAUAUUGCUGCCGCUGCCAUCGUCUUCAAUCCAGUCUUUUGGAACAUCGUUGCCCGCCUAGGCAAGACAUACACCCCAGUAGAGUAUAACACACAUUUUUUGACCAAAAUAUUCGGAUCACCCUAUAAUGGUUGCUAUGCUUUGGCAGUCACGAUCUUUUCCAUUGGCAUCAUUCGAGAUCAUCUGUACACUGUUGCGCUAGAUGAGCAGCCCGUAUAUCCCCCACUCCAUCAACCCGAGCUGGGAAUCGGUUUAUUCUUGAGUGGUAAUGUCCUUGUCCUGUCGAGUAUGUGGGCUCUUGGAGUCACUGGUACAUACCUCGGCGAUUACUUCGGGAUUCUUAUGGACAAGAAAGUCGAAGGGUUUCCCUUCAACGUCACGGGAGCACCGAUGUACUGGGGUAGCACAUUGUCAUUCCUCGGCACGGCGUUAUACAAAGGCCGCACUGCAGGCGUCAUCUUAACUCUUGAGGUCUUCGUCAUGUACCUCAUUGCUUUGCAGUAUGAGGAGUAA